AUGUCUGUACCACCUCGCUGGCUUAAUUGUCCCAGAAAAAGCAAGAUAAUCGCCGGUAAGCUGUGUUCAUGCAACCUCGACCCCAAAAAAGCAUCCACUGCUGUACAGAUUGUAGGUCUUUAAGACUCAGCAUAUUGUUUAAUGCAAGUAGAAUUGAAGAGGUUCAUCAUACAAAUAAAAACUCAUUUACUCAUUCAUUUAUCAUUCAACUUUACGAACAACGAUUUUGACUUUUAUCCAAGUUUUAAAUAAUGCCACGGAAGUCAGUUUUAAAACAUCAGCUUAAAACGUAUUUAGCUUAAUUUUUUUAAUUAUAAUGUUUUAAUGGUUGAACUUAAUAUUAAGCCAAGGCUAGGCUAUGUUACAUUUACUUACAUCACUGGGCUUAACUACAGAAUACAGGGUAAAUUUUCGAGGUAUAUACCGAGCGGUCGAGCCACUAAACCAUAUAACCUUGACUGAAGAGCCACUAAGCUGCCAAGCCACUAAAAAAUAUGCCUUUACUUGUUCUCUAAAUUUUAUUCUUUACAUCCUUUUUUAUGUCUGUCUUAUACCGUAAAUCAUCUAUUAAGCUACCCUGGAAGCAGAGGCUACUUUUUUGUGGUAUGAGCUGGCAUGCGAAAAGUAGCCUCUGCAAACAACCAUUCAAUUCUCUAUUGUACAUGUGCGAGAUUCGUCACGUGAUUCUCAAGCAAAAAAAUCAUCGCGUGUUUCGCCAAGCCUAUUGCUUGAGGUUCACAGGAAUCAAACUUGCCCACAACUCUGCUCGCACUUUUGGUUUGUUUUUUCAUCUUUUUCUCUAUGGUUUUCAGUAAUUUGGCCACAAAUUUGCCGAAGAAAAAAAGUACCCCUUAUUUCCUUGGAUCACCUUUUUCAGGAAAGUAUAGGCUGCCAGCUGUAGUUAAGUCCUGUCUGGUUUGCGGGGAGCACAUUUAACUCAAAACGGCACUUUUUUUCGGCUUAUUGUAGUACUUAGUAAUUCAUUCAUGUUACAGAAGAUUUUUAAGACAGACUUAAACCUUCUCAACACCGUUGUUAACAUUGGACUACAGACAUAUUGAUGCUAUAUAUCAAAGGCCCAAAAAAUGUUCUAAAACGUUUGACACAGCAUAACCCAUACUUCAAACAAUUUUUUAUUUUCAGUUGAUAAAGUAAACAAUAGUUGUGCUCAAAAUGAAAAAUGAGUUUACUGACAACCCUAGGCAGAAAAGAUGCUUGAAAUAAGUUGGAUGCUGGUUGUAUUUCUGAUGUUUGUGAUAAGGCAGACAACAGAAGGCCAGAUGACAGCAAAGAGUGCUAAAAUGUGUCAUAAAAAGAGAAAAAUUAAAGAAGAGAGGAUUAGUGGACUCUGUUCUGAUUUGAAUUAAAAUUAUUAAAUUUAUUACAAACUAUUGAUGAUUUAAAAAUUCAUCUAGUAUUUUUAAUAUUUAGCUCUUGGGUCUCAGGGUUUCUUAUGAUAUACAGCGUGUAUUGAAGUGGCUGCAUGAUAAACCAUUGACAAAACCUGAAUUGGACGGCAUUGGAUCAACCUGAAUAACCCUAUCCCUAACCUUUUGUCAUUUAGUGAAUAACACUGUACAGGGGUUUAAUCCUUUAAGCCCUAAGAGUGAUCAGCAUCAAAUUUCUCCUUGUACCAUCAAUGCUUUGUAAAACAGAGUGGUCAUGAGAAUUACGGACAUGAUCACCCAAGAUGAAUUUGCUUGAUAUUUUAUCAAGUUCUCCCCACUACUUCUGUAGGAAAUGAAUAGGGGCGACAAUUGAAAAUUCAAAUUUUGAUCUUAGGGUUUAAAGGGUUAGCCAAUCGAGUCUAAUCCAGGUUUCUUUGAUGGCAAUUAUUGCCUGAAUUAUACAUAAGAGAAUGCUUCCCCCUUUAUAUGUGAUAUAAUAAACAGAUGGAUUUCUGAUUUUUUUUGUUCAGACAAAUUUCUUGCCUUCAAAACACCACUGGGACCUCGUUAUGAUGCCAACAUUCCUGAGGCAAAUCGAUUUCAGCUGCCAAUGUUGUUCGCAUACCUUGAUUCAUUAAAGGUGAGAGUGGAUCAAUUUUUUUUUUACCAAUUUUUAACCAUACUUUUAAAAACUAAGGCUAUAAGGGCUUAGAAGGCUUUAAUUUGGGGUCACAUGGCAGCACUCCUAACGCUAAAAGCCAAGUUUUGCCACUCUAACCGUAAAUCAAUGGAUUCCGAAAUAACGAUGAACUAUGUUGUGUUAUUGUUUUCUGUGACCAGUGAGGAGACACCUUAUGAGCAGAAUUUUUGCUCAUUUCUGCAAAGAAAAAAAAAACAAAAUUGAUGAUGACUAACAGAAUGAUUUUUUUAUUUUCUUUUAGGUAAAGUUAGGAUUGAUUAUUGACUUGACAAAUACAACACGCUUCUACGAUAAAACAGAGGUGGAAAGGGCAGGAAUCAAUCAUGUCAAGAUGAAUUGCAAGGGGUUGGUAAAAUAUUAGCACCGUGUUUGUCAUUUCUCUAGCAGUUUACGGCUCACAUGCAUCCACAAGAAGCUGAAAAUAUAGAAUUAUCGAUUUCACAACACAUUAAACAAAAGAUGGCUCUUUUUUCUGUGUUCUUACUCCCAAAUGUGAUCCCAGAGUCAUGAAAAUGACUUGUGACCAAAAUAUGAUGUUCUGUAUUCUGCAAAAUUUACUGCAUAGGUGAAUAGAAAAUAAGAUAUUUGUAGAUGUAUGUACGUAAAGUUUUCCUGUCCUAUCCUUAUUACUAAAACCUUUAAUAUCUGGGGAAACUAUUUAUCUGUAGCAAAAUGAAAGAUAAUGGCCAGAUUUUAUUCAAAAUUAUUUAUAAUUAUUAAUUCAGUCAUAUGCCACAGGCAAACUUUCAGUUGUAUGACUACAAAAGUGGUAAAGGAGCAAGGCAAGAAUUAAUUUCCUCACAUUGUACUCCAAAGUAUUAUGCAUGUGGAUUUGAUGACUCAAAAUAUGAGGAGAAUGUGUUUUUUCCAUAAAAUGUAAGAAUGAAAUAGAUAUUUGGCCAUUUUAUUUAAACAGGUAUUUGGCCAUGGUUAUUUAAACAAUGUGUAACUUAGACCACAGUUUUAGACAAUCAGUGAACCUCAGGAUUAAUUGUCUUUGGUUAUUUGAAGUAAAAAAUCUUCUUCCAGUUUGAGCUGCCUGUAUAAUUAUGCCCUCUUGACCCCAGCACGAAAAGUACCAAUAAAACUAGACUGAAUAUUGUUUAGACUUUGGCUUUGUCAAACAUCCACUCAAGAGCCAACAGUUAGAAAGUUUAUGUUGAGGUCAGGUCACUGUUCACGGCCAAUUACUUUUUUACUUUGAUGUACUUUAUAUUAAUGGCUGUUACUUCUCUGUGGUCUUUACUGCAGACAUGGAGAAACUCCAACAAGAGAUCAGGUGGCUCUUUUCAUCAGCAUGUGUGAUAGAUAUUUCAACCAAAAUCCAGGAGGACUUAUAGGUAUGUGAUCAUGUGGAUAGUUUUAGUAAGAGUAGAGUCCAUAACCAAAGGGGUGCUACUGCCACAAGAGUACCACAGUCACAGGUAUACCACCUUCACAGAGAUACCACAUGACAGGGCUAUGAUACACAUGUAACUGUAAAUCAAUUCACUGUCACAAGUAUCCAAAUUAAAAAUCUUUGAAAAAUGCCUGAUUGUUAUUCAGGCUUACAAUAACCAAGGUUCUUGUCCCUGAGGGUUUACAGUGCAACUAUACAUGAACUGAGGCCAUUCAGACAAAAAUUUGAGAGAAAUUUUGAAUUAGCCAAUCACAAGUCAAGAUCUAAACAAUGAAAUUGCACAAGAUUGUACUCAGAGUCAGUUCAAAAUACAUUGCAAACCAUUUUUCUAAGGGAUGUAUAAAAAAGGAAUUGUGACAUUUGUGUAAAUCAAGCUGAAAAUGUUUUGGCAACGUCUGGGUUUGCUGGAAUCAAAGUCAGCAGCAAAGAAAUUUUGAACAAUCCAAACUAAAGGCAAUGGUCGCUCAUUUCAUGGCAAACAGCGCUCAGUGAGUGAAUGGCAGUGUCGGCGAUUUGAGGGCGGUUGCAACAAAGAUAUGGGGCUGGUUACAUGUAAUGCAAAUUGCAAUAUGCACUCACCAAGCUUGGCCCACAACAGAAAACUGAGAAUGAAUGUAGACUGCUCAAGAAUAGUGAAGAAAAUCGCCAUGGUUAGUGGAAUUUUUGUGGAGGCGAAGGGGGACAUGAAUAAGAAAGAUCAGAAAAAAUCUUCAAAGCAAACAAGUCAGUGAUUGCCCAAACUGGUGAUCACAAGCAAUGACGCUAGUGAAAUGCAGAAAAACAAAAUGGAUCGAAAUCCACCAAUCACAAACCAUGACCUUUUUAACUUGUUCACUGAAGUAAACAUGGGUUUCCUAGGGGGUCUGCUUAGAUGAUUGACGGAACAGAAAAACCCAAAAUUCCUUCAAAUAAUAAAAACCAUGUCUGGUGAGCAGCCAUCGUCUUUAGUUCAGAUUGUUCAAAAUUUCUUUACUGCUGGUUUUGAUUCUGCCAUCGUGAUUCCUUACGUAUAUGUCACAGGUCAAAAUUAAAAUUCAGGUUAAAUUUUUUAACCUAGGUUGACGCUCAAUUUCCUUUGUCUCUUAGCUCUAAUUAUUCAUAAAUUAGGGCUAGGAGACAAAGGAAAUUGAGAAUCAACCUAGCUUAAAAAAUUUAACCUAAAUUUAAUUUUGACCUGUAACAUAUAUGUUAUGGUAUAUCCUUUAGAAAAAUGGUUCGCAAGGUAUUUUGAACUUGCUCUGAGUACAAAAUUAUGCACAAUUUUAUUGUUUAGAUCUUGACUUGUGAUUGGCUAAUUUCAAGAUUUGUUUCCUUUUUUGUCUGGGUGACCUCGGUUCAUGUGGUCGCCCUGUAAAUGGAAUGUAGCUGUGAGCUACACAGUCAUCAUCACUGUCAUCAUCACCACUCAGAUGUUUAGAAUGUGACCUGAGAGGCUUAAAUUAUCCCAACCACUGUAAUUUUAUUGAAAUUCAACUGGCUUGGCAGUGCAGCAUCUACUGCCCAGUAAACCCAGUUGGAAGAGUGCUUGUAUUCUGUGCUGGAGGUUCUGAGUUCAAACUCCAGCCAGACCACUAACCAAGGUCUUUAAAACACUGGUGGGAUCAUUGCAGCUGUGAUUUAAACCCUUUCCAAGUUCAGAUGUUUGUGUCAUUGGGCGGUAACAAUAAGCCAUUGGCCUUAUUGUCUCCUUCAUGCUUGCACAUCAGCUGGAAAGCAAUGUUAAAGAACCUGUGACACUGUGUGCAUAAAAAUGAAAAGGGUAGGGAAUGUAGGCCCCAGUGGCAUUGUCUCUCUGACUUAUGCCGUCAUUGGCCUGGGUGGAUUAGGUGAGAUCAAACAUGGACUGAAGCAGCUGCAUAGUGCACCUUUACAUGCUUAUGUCCAAUCUCAUUUCUCUGGUUCCUCUGCAAUUCAACCAUUGGCUGCAAGCGUGGAAGGUUGGCAUUUCUGAUUUUGUUAUUAUACAUGUAUCCCUUCAGAAUGACGUGGUCCGAAAAAAUUAACAAAUCCCAAAGUGCAUACCAGCUGAGAUAAAAAUAAUUAUAUCUUUUUUACGUCAGGUGUCCACUGCACUCAUGGAUUCAACAGGACUGGUUUCCUUAUCAUAGCUUAUCUUGUGGAGAAAGAUGACUGGAGGUUAGUGAUUUUUUGGUUUAACGGGGUCAGAUCAGUGAAUUUACUUUUAAGAUAGUCCAAACUUGUUCAUGGUUUUGCCAGGGAUGAUUACCAUGAUUCUACUCCAAAAUUAACCUGAAUAAGGACAGAUUAAUAUUAAUAUUAUUUUUUUUGUGUAUUUUAGCAAAGUGCUACAUGUACUGCCUGCAUCACAGAUAUAACUAAACCCCAGUUAGUAAUGUCUGUGAAGCAGCACUGAUAUCCUUCUUUCUGGCACUGUUUUGCAGACAGCCUUUACCAGAAGUUUGUUAUGUUUGCACUGGUUUUACAAAACAAUAGUGAAAGAGAUAAUUAACCAAACCCCUAAGUCUAUUAAAUUAAUAAUAACUAGAGCUACCAAAGAAACCAAAGACCAAAGAAAGUACAGCAGAACCUCGAUUUAACAAACCUCUAUAAUUUUAUAACGAAGUCCUCAGUAUAACAAAUGAUUUUCUUCAGCCAGGCCAAAAUUACAGUAAAAUGUAUGGAACAGAACCUUGAUUUAGCAAAAUCCUCAUCUUAACAAACACAAUCUACCAGCGCAAAUGUAAAAUAUGCCUUAAAAUAACGAAUAAAAAAUGUCAGCAUGUGAUUAAAGAUAAAUACUAAACAGACCAACAAGGAUAAAUGGAGGUGUUCGAUAUAACGAACAAAUUUCUCCAGUCCAUUAGCACUUUGUUAAAUCGACGUUCCACUGUAGAAGACUAGAAAAGGUGCAGAUCACGCUGAAAAAUGUGUAUUAUUGGGCAUUUUAUGUAUUAAGCUUUGUUUUUUUUUCUUCACAGUGUUGAUGCAGCAGUUCAGUGCUUUGCACAGGUUUGUGUUUAAUUCUUGUAACCCAUUGAGCCAGAGUAAUCAAUAUCAGAGUAUGUCUGUAAUAUCUUCUUAACAUGUCACUAAUUAAUCAUGAUAAUAACUAUGAAUAAAUUAUAAGCACACACACAGUAGCUCUUUAUCUACCAUUUCCCAGGUCUAUGCAAUUUACUUUGAUGUAAGAACUAAAAUUUUGUUGUUAUCACACAGUGAUGCUAAGCCUACCCUAUGUUUCUUUAGUGUCGUCCACCAGGCAUUUACAAAGCUGAUUACCUGAAAGAACUUGUCAGUCGCUAUGGUGACCCAGCAGAGACCAUCGCACCUCCUGAACUGCCUGAUUGGUGCAUAGAAGAAGAAGAAGGUAGUGAUAAUGAAGAACAGAAUGGAGAGAUGACAGAGGAUGGCAGCCGCCCAGAUGGGAGUAGGAAAAGAAUACGGAGAGAUCCCAGGUUAAAGGUGAAGAGGGGUGUUCUCUGUUAUGCCAAGAUUUCUAUAAUGCCUUGUCAUUUAACAUUAUUGUGGUUACACAGGGUUAUCAUUAAGAGCUGGGGGCCGGGGAUUUUCCCUAGCUACUAAGAGAGUGGACCCCGGCUACUUUUAUUGGAAAAUAAAAUAAAAAUAGAACCAAAGGAAAUCCCUAGCCAUUUGAUUCCCCGCCUACUUGUUGUAUUUACCCGGCAACUUGAAAUCUUAGUGACAACCCUGGGUUACAGCUUCCAUAGAAACUGUAACACCAUGCAGUCAUGUUGUGUUUUUAUGUGUAUUGUUCACAAGUAACAAAAGUGUUUAGGGCCAGAUACAAAAUACUGUAUGAUUCAGUUUGCAAACAAAGAGACUUUAUUAUGCUCUAGUCAUUGCUUGUCAUUUUAUCAAGUGAAGGAGAAGUUACUUUUUCAGAAAUUUUGCAAAAAAGGGGUAUUUGUGGUCAUUGGUGUGCUACGUAGUAUGAAGGUCCAUACGCACAUGGUGACAGGUUGUUUUGAGUGUACUGGAGAAUUUUUUUUGAAAAUCUUUGUCUCUGCAACAGAAUUUUGUUGCCGCAACAUGUUGCAAAAAAUCAAAUCAGACAGAAUUUGUGCAACCUUUUAUGGCGAUAACAUUUUGUUGCAGAGACAAAGAUUUUCACAAAAAUUCUCCCGUACUCACGAAGCAAUUUGUCGCUGCAAUGUGUCACCGCAACAUGUUGCUGCAACUAUUCGUCCCACCUGUACACAUGGAGUGAUCUGUCACCAUGACUUGUUGCUGCAACUAAUGUCACCUAGUGUGUUCCGGCCUUGAAGGUGAAGUGUGACCUGUUAUGUCAAGAAAAUAAGCGUGACCUGUUGUUUCAAAAAAAUUAUUUCACCAGAAGUCAUGCUUCAUUUUCUCUUCAACUCUAGUCAUCGGUGUGCUAUAUGACAUGAAGGUGAAGCAUAUUUUAAUGCAUCAGAUAGAUAGGCAUCACCUUGUGCAUCCAAAAUCUUUUUUCCAUGCAAGAAGUCACACUUAAUUAAUUUCUUUGACAAAACAUGUUUUAUUUCAUGCUUAUAUAACAUAGUAAGCCGAUUAAAUCACAAGUGCACAACAGAUAUAAGAAAAAUUAUAAACAUGUACUCUCUCUAGAAAGCUAUUAUUCAUUAGUAAAAUCCAACUAGUGGUCUAUUAUCAAUGCUGCGUUCUGAUUGGUUGAGCUACUACUAGGCUAUAUGUUAUAGCCCACUAGUAAUGAAAAGCGUGGGCUUUUGGGUGGCAAAAGAGGAUUAAAGUCUAGCUUUAACUCGCUAAAAUUUUUUAUUCUUGAUAGUUUUGACCAACUAGUUGGAUUUUACUAAAACAAUUAUUCCUCUCGGCCUCAUGACCUCUGAGUCAAUAGCCCAUUAGGCCUUCAGCCUCAUUGGCUAUUGACUCAGAGCCCAGUUGGGCUAGAGGAAUAAUUGUUAAUUAUUCCAAUUUUUUUUUCUGGUGAAUAGGAAGCAAAGUUUAUGGAUGAGAUAGAUGGAAUAGGGGUUGUAAAGUCACCUAGAAGAGAAGAAAUCCAGGAACUCUGCCAGAAGAUGUGCGGCUGGGAAGGGUAUGUAUUUGCUUAUUUUAAAUUUCAGGCAAAACUUUUGAAUGAUAUAAUAAUCACACCAAAGAUUUAUUCACGUGGAAAAAGAAUUAUUUUGUGAAUAUCAAUCUAGAAGCAAGCUAGUGACGCUGACUAUAGAGCUAGGAGAAAACGAGAAACGUUUGCUUGGCAGGCUACAUAAAGACUGAACAGUCAGCUGCUGUGGACGAACCUUCAAGGGCAUCUGUGACCAGAAAUUUUGAGGAUUAUGUUUCAGACAUCUUUAAUGUAUGCUUAAGCAUUAAAAAAGCACUCUCCUUCCUCUUGGCAUUGGUGCCUGUACUUCUUGGCUGUCAUCCACACAUUUAUUUGUCUUUGUGAAAAAAAUGAUGCUUUGUAAAUUCGCUGGUCAUAGAGAGAUUUUAAUUCUUUUUAUGGCAAAUGCAAAUGUCAAUUUCUACCAAUUUUUUAAGCUUUACCUUUAUUCAUCAUUGUUUUUUUCUUAUUUCUACACAAAAGUGAGUAUUUUCAUGUCAGGUUCAUCUGUAAAAAUUAUGUUUACCAGUUGUAUUUGUUUAUUUUGUAACUUUGGAAAUUGUCAACCUGACAUGUACUUUUUCCUUUUGUUGCAUAAAAUCAGACUUAGAAUCUCUCCGAUGUGCAAUGUCAAAUGGGCUCUUUUAAAUCUGUGAUUUCUCCUUGCAACCAGCUAUUAUUGAGCUGGUAGGCCUGUAACCUGAUUUUAUGGUAACCGUGGUUGCCCAUUUCUCUAAUAGUGGUGGGUUCCCUGGAAGCCAGCCUGUGUCAAUGGAUGUACAGAACAUAAAACUACUCCAUGAGAAACCUUACAGAGUUAGUUGGAAAGCAGAUGGAGUGAGGUGGGUUUCUAGCUCUUUCAUGUGACUAGUGUUUAAUUUCUCCUUAUACUGUAUUUAUUCGAAUAAGCACCCAACCUCGAAUAAGCGCCCAUCCUAAAGGCCGAAAAAGUUAAUAAGCGCCCAGCCUCAAAUAAGCACCCACCCCCUUCUCCUCCCAAUCAAACUCAAAUAAGAGCUCACCCCCACCCCACCCACUUGAGUGAAUAAAUUCUAAUAAGAGACUUCCCCAAGGACGGAAUUUUCUUCAGAGUAUUUUUUACAGAAACCUUGCUUUGUUACUUCUUCGCGUUGUUAUUAGCAUUUAUUGUUUUGUUGCAAAAUAAAUAUACUUCACUUGCUGAAAAUAGUCAAAAUUUAAUAAGCGCCCAGCCUUGAAUAAGUGCCCACCUCGAAUAAGCACCCACUUGCAAGGUCCAAAAAUUUAAUAAGCGCCCAGGGAGGUUUAUCAAAUAAAUACAGUAAUACUACUUGUUAAUCAAACUGAUAACUUGAGAAUUCUUGAAAUGAUCUUCAAACCCAUCACUGCCAUAAGUAAUGUAUGGAGAACAGACUGUGUGUGCAUGUCUGGAAAAUAUGCAUUUUGUUGCCAAAUUUUCAAAUUUUAGUUUCAGAUGGAAGGGGUCUUUCAUUGGUUUGUGGUUUGUUGUUGUUUCACAUCCUUUAAGGAACGUUGAAUUUUUGUGAGUGUGUGAGUAAGCUUACACAAGAAAAUUGUGAGAGGCGAAAUGGUCAGGCAUGAGCACUGGCUGAAAGAUCCCCACCCUAGUCUUUAGCAGGUUGCCCGUAGGUGACUUAUGACUCUCACAAUUUCCAACAGAGCUUGUUUGCAGGGUACCUUUUUUAAUAUUAUGCUCCCAUGCUCACAGCAAUUCAUUUCUGCUGAACUCCUUUUUUUUCUAGAUACAUGAUGCUUAUUUUAAAAGAGAAAGAAAUAUACCUUAUCGACAGAGACAACAACGUUUUUGCUGCACCACAGUUUCAUUUCCCACAGCGCAAGUUCCCAAGAGAACACGUCUUUGACACUUUGCUUGAUGGGGUAAGUCCUUCCUGUCUGUUGAAAAAAAAAAAUCAGAAUGGACAGAUUUAAUAUUGAGCUGUUCAGACCAUGAACUACACCUUGUGUCUUAAAAUAAAAUAAUCUUGCUCAUUUUCUAAAUGUAACAUUACUUGUUACCGGUAUGGUGGGAAAAUAAGGUACACGUUUUGGGCAGGGACUGGGUUGUAAGUGGGUUGAUGACAAAAUUGCUAAAGAAGUGUAACAGACCUUAUUCGUUUUGAUUGUUUUGUACAGUUGCACAAAUUAAGAUUAUGUACUUAUACUCAAGGCAUCAAUCUGCCUCUAAAUUAGAAUUUAUUUUACUCCCAUGCACUCUUUGUUUCCAACAAGACAAAGGUUCAAAUCUCCUGAGUCAACAUCUGAUCACAUAACAAAUCAUAUGAGUGGAUAAGGUACAUUCUUUCCUUGAAAGUUUCUGAAGGAGCACAUCCCGGAAUACUUAUGGGGAGCUUUUGCUUUGUGUCGACUGAGUUGUUACUAAAUCGUUUUUAAUAUUUGAUUUCCCAGGAAAUGGUUCUUGACAAAGAAAAUGAAAAGAUCCACCCCCGUUACCUUGCCUAUGACAUCAUCCAGUUUCAAGUAGGUGUCAUUUUUCUUAAUUUACAGUUAAUUUCACUUUGUGAUGUAAAGACUGAACAAAUAGUGCCGUUGGAAAGUACUGCUGAAGAGGUUUCAUUUGAAUGGUAACACCAUAGGAUUUCAUCCACAGACUCAAAAGUUAGAACUACAUAUUAAAUAAAUAGUACCAUGUGAAAGUACUGCUGAAGAGGUUUCAUUUGAAUGGUAACACCAUAGAAUUUCAUCCACAGACUCAGAAGUUAGAACUACAUACUAAAUAAAUGGUACCAUGUGAAAGUACUGCUGAAGUUUCCGUAGCUUGCAAUUCAGUGACUUAAAAUCUCAGUGAACUGCAACAAGUUUGCUGAAUUUAGAGUUGAUGACUUUUGUUACUUUGUUAGAGUGUGCACCCAUUGGCAAUAAAAACACAACCUUUUCCAUACACGACUUAAAGUACCGUAAAUCCUCCAUAAAGCCCCACUUUCAAACGUGGUUAAAAGAGACAAGCCUACCCGGGGCUUAAUAGAGGAUUUACUGUGCUGAAACAGCAGUAUGUUUUUAUUUUUGUAACACAGGGCCAAGAGGUUGGCAAGCAGAAUCACGAUAUACGAAUGGUGUGUAUUGAAAAAGAGAUCGAGAUGGCUCGAAGUAUAGGGGUAAGUGUUUUUUUAUGUCGUACGUUUUUCAAGGAAGAUUUGAAACUCGUGACAAAACAUAGGUACUAGUAACAGACAAGAGGCUUUAUCCUCUCUUGUCUUAGAUCACGUGGCUUCGUAAAAAACUGCUCUGUUCUUUUUAAAAAUUGUCAACGUAUUUAGCAUGAAAGCUCUAAGGUAAAAAGUUCUUCAUUUUCUGUUGUCUAGGAUAAACAAACUCGACCGUGAUUUCUUGCAUUGGCAGCUUUUAUCACUUGCUUGCCCCGGAGAAACCACGUGACAUUGCUUUUAUCUCAUCAGUCCUUACACGUGCAAAGAUGGCGGGUAUCGUGAAUAACGUCUAUUGACCAGAAAAUCUCCCGCCACUUUCUCAACAAGUCAGUGGUAAAACAAAGCUGAGUUAUCGCGUGCGCUUUCCCGCGCUUUUCUCGGUUGGCCGGCUACGGAUACAGUUUUUAAUAUCUGAUUGGCUUAUUUGACGUCUUUGCGUAUUCCCAUUGGCCAGGUUAGUACGCUCAGAUCUGCGCUAAGCCUCUCGUUUAAAGUGAGUCGUCCUGCUCAUCGUCUCAUAUGAAUAUAUGUUUUCGCUCACACGCAAAUUUUGAAAGCUCAUUUUUUACAUGAUUAGUUGUGUACCAAGCUACGCUCUGAUCAAGGAGGUAACUCGGAAAUGAGCUCUUAUCGCCUCUUUUGACUCGCACAUGAGAAUGAUGUAACUUUUUUUCCAAUUUAGGCACAGCAAGGACUCUUUGACAAGUCAAAGGAGCCUUUUAGCAUAAGAGCGAAAAAGUUUUUUCACGUGGAGAAAGCUGAAUGGGUAAGGACAACAUUGAAUGUCCAGACUAUCCAACCAUCCCUAUCUUGUCGGGAUUCUCCCCAUUUUGCUUAAAAAUCCCGAAUCCCGACCCAUAUGCGAUCGGGAUAGGAAAAAUCCUGAUUUUGACAUGUUCUUAUUUUUAAAGGAAUUCUUAUGAUGCUUAUACAAGAAAUUAACACCUAUAACAGGGUAUACAUUUGACACAGGAAUUAUCCUCUCAGAACACCAGAAAUGACGUUUCAGAACAUCAGGAUUUCAAAAUUUUCUGGCAGAGAAUACCCUCGGUAGUAGCACUAAUGCAAUGGCCGAGCAAAUGCCUGAAACAAAUAAUUCAAAUCAAAGUUAACAGGGUUAAGAAUCCCAACUGGCCGGAGGCAAACCAGCUGGUUAUUUACAAGCGUGGCCGAGGAUUUGAACUUGGGACUACUGUGAACAAAUCCAGCUAGCGGUCAGGGCGGGACUUGAACUUCGUAUUGCAAGCCCAGCGCUCUAACCACUCGGCCAAGCUGCCGAGGGUCACGAUGACCUCCUGAGCAGAACAAAAAUGACAACACUUUAUAAUCGGAGGCUUCAGGAUAUAGCCAUUUUCAUGGUCAAAAUAAAGCACGGCAUGUUGCCAAGCUCAGUAACCGAACUAUUUAAAACUAGUCACACAAACUAUAACCUCAGAAACGCAGACUUCAGACAGGAAUGUUUCAACACUACAAAAUACGGCAAACACUCUCUCAGACAUUUUGGGCCACUUUUUUGGUCCAAAAUUUAACCGGGAGCUUAAGACAGACAUUGCCUCUUUAAUAGAUGACUCGUGUAACGACUGUGUCCUUUGCAAGAGUUAGCAUUAGUUCGCCUCACCAUUUUACUCCUUUUUAGAGUUACUCAAUUUACGAUUCAGAGAUAUUAUUAGGUAGUUAUUUAUUACAACUAGAAUUUAGAGUUUAAAUUAUAAUUAGAAUUUACAAUAUAUUACUAGAGUUGUAUAUAAAGUCUCCCCAAUUAGUAAGGCACUGUGCCUGAGCUAUAAGACAUGAGACUUUAAUAAAGUUCAUUAUUAUUAUUAAAAUUUUGUUGAAGUUAUGAUUAAUUGGUAACAGAACUUCGUGUCGUCCAAUUCGGUCUGUAAUCAUACUCGUGAUUAAACAAACUGGACUCCCUCUACUGGGUCGUCCGAUUUUGUUAAUCACUCGUAUGAUUACAGACCGAAUUGGACUCCACUCAGUCCUGUUACCAUUACUUACUGCCUCUUAGAAGCCUCCUAAAAUAUCGGAUGGGUGUUCAUACUGUGCCGUAUAGCUUUUCGUGCCUACACGCAAAGCUACCCGGUAUAACGUUAACAUCGUCAUUGAAGUCGUAGGUAUCGUUUUAAUCCUCCAUCUAGUCUAUUACUUUCACUGAAAUUUAUCUUUCUUUUUUUACAGAUUUUAGACGCCUGGAGCCCAAAACUCAGCCACGAAAACGAUGGCCUAAUAUUUAAUCCAGCGGAAGAGGUACAAACAAUUACGCCUCAGUUAAUUAGACUGCGAGCGUUCUCUCUUUUUCUUCAGAUUUAGUGAGGGGAGUGCACGCACGUGGUCAUAAUUUUCUUGUCUUGCGCGUUUCGCUUAGAAAAAAAAGGGAUUGCUCGUAGUCUACUGGUUAAUUGCUGUUAAUUGUUUCAUUAACAAGAAACUGACAAAACAAUUUAUUUACUGAACCUGAGGGUCUGUUGGUGUAUUUCGACACAAGACGAUCUCCACAGGUAAUCGUUAUUGCAAGGUACUCGGACAGUUCUUUUUAACUCGUGAAUACCCGAAGUGUAGUUGACGAAGUUAUCGCUGUAGGUUGAGAUAUACAAAUGAGUCACUCAUUCAGGUUUGUUGACCGGGAUAGGCUUGCUCCGAAGUCGCCCGAUAUCGUCUUUGUUGCCGAAGUGCACUUUGGGCAACUUUGGGCGUGCAUUUAUCUGAGGUUUGUAUUUUUGAAAAAAAUUCGUAAAACAGACGGCAAAAGAUCCGUUUUGUUGUUCACAAUCCAUGGCAUUAUAUUCCGGGAGAAAGUUAUUCUAGUUAACUGUCAGCCAUUAACUUAGUAAGGAAAUUAGAUUCUCAACUGUUAACUCUGGUUUUAUUCAUUCUAGCCAUAUGGUCCUGGGCAGAGUGAGGAAGUGCUGAAAUGGAAACCACAUACGCUUAACUCCGUGGACUUUAUAUUGAACAUAGGAAAAAUCAAGCAGGAAGGGUAAGGGACAACUACCUGGUCACAAAAAUGUUUUAAAUCAACACAUUAUAAACUAUCCGCCGAAAGGGAGGUGAACAGUGGUGGGAAAAAAUAACGAGGCGCGAAGCGUCGAGGUAUAUAUCUAGCGCUGUUCUUCGACCCUGGGGGAGCCCUGGGACAGCUUCCUUGCAGGCUAUUGGUGAAUUCAGUCAUGUGAUCAGAAAAUAGAUGCGCCAAUCAGUUCUGACCCUGGUAGUGUAAUUGUGACUUAAUAUCUCCUUUUUUAUUCCAGUUGUAUCCCCGAAUUGGUUGGCACACUCAUGGUUGGUGGAUAUGACAGACCUUUUGCUUCCAUCAAGGUUGGUUUCACUUCGAGAUUUUUCCAGUAGACCCCUGCACGGUUUUUUCAAUUUUUUACAUGGACAAGUUAGGGAAAAUCCGUCCACAGCACUAAAAAGAGCGCCUUAAAAUUAGUAAAAUUGCCAAAUUUGAAAGUGAUACGUCGUAAGUGAGCCAAGAUAUAGCUCCGCAAUGUUGCGCAAAUUUACAGACGUUUGCAUGUUGGGGGGCAAAUUUGUGCUAAAAUUUCGCGAUUUUGAGGAGCUAUAUCUCCGUUAGCUUUCAACAAAUCACUUUCAAACUUGGCAAUUUUACUAAUUUUAGGGCGCUCUUUCCAGUGGUGUCGACGGAUUUUCCCUAGCUUGUCCACGUCAAAAGUUGAGAACCACCGUGGAAGGUCUGUUCGUGUAAUACGGAAAACAAAUAGGACACACAAAAGUAUAGCCGAACUGGUCUCAUUUGAACAGCUCACUAUGGGAUUUUAUCUACAGAGUCGAAAAUUAGAACCACCUUGUAAAGCAUAAUGAUCAGUACCACUGGAAAUUACUGCACAGUUCUUCAUUUCAAUGGUCACACUUUAGGAUUUCCUCCACAGUCUCAAAAGUUAGAACCACAUUAUACAGCAUAAUUAACAGCACCACAAGAAAGUACUGCUCAGUAGCUUUCAUUUGAGUUGUAACACUUUAGGAUUUCAUCCACAGACUCGGAAGUUUGAAUGGUUACACCACAAGAUCUCUUCCACAGGUUCAACAGUUAAGAGCAAAACAGCUUUUCUUGUCUUUAUAUUUAAAGAGACCCAUCCUUUUACUUUAUUUUCUGUGUAAAUUUGAAUACUGAAAUGACUACUUUAAUUACAUUCUAUGCAUGGUUAAAACGUAAUAACUUGCUGAAGUUUUUAUUGAAGGUAACAAAGGAACUGAAGAGCUUAAACAAAAAAAUUGUUGAAUGUACCUGGGAUGCUACUUCGAAACAGUGGAAAUUCCUCAGAGUGAGAGAAGACAAAAGCUUUCCUAACGGCUACAACACAGCGAUGAGUACGUCUGUUAUGUUGAAAAUUUUCGCAGAACCAACCCUUUGCUAGGAUCCCUACAGAGAAUAAAGCCAAUUAGGCAGACAGCAACAUGCAUAAAAACAACAUCAGCAAGGACUACUUGCUAUAACAUCGAAGAUAAAUUCGCCACUUCCAUAAUGUAUCGGGAGAAUGGGUACAAGCUUUCAGCGCAACUAUUUCUGGAAUUGUUUGGGUGAGCAAGCAUUAGCUCUGAUUGGUUGGUGGUAUCCAAAAGCAACUGGUAACCAAUCACUUCUUAUUCUGUUCACUCAAAUGUUCCCUGGAAUCUUUGCGUGGAAAUCUUGUACCCAUUCUCCUGUGAUUCAUAGGGUGACUAUUUAGUCCGGGCCGUUUGGCUUACGUUUUCGUGUAAGGGGCUGGAAAGAGGAAGUCAUCCAAAACGUCCCAAGAGCCUUUGCGAAAAAUAGAAAUUAGCACCCUCAGUGCCAAACUUAAGCGAAAUCAGCUUUCCUUUUUAUCGAUAUGUAAAUAAUGAGUCGAAUUAUUUGGCCAUUGUUUUAUUUUUAUCUAUUGUUUACCGUUUGUCAAAAAUUCCGACAAGUUUUAAAUGUAACUUCCCGUUUACAUCAUAUAUCAACUAUGUACAGGACGCCGAAUGCUCUGUUGAAUACCUACCCCGGAAUGGCGGGGAUUUCUUUCUCUUCUAGGUGUUUGUAAAAGUAUUCAGCAGCCCGUGACAAGAGAGUGGCUCCUACAAGUCAUUGAAAAGUACCGCUAUCAGCCAAACCGCCACAGGGACCCCAGAGCAUCGUCCUCGAGCAACACUGUGUAAAUAAACUUAUUAAAGAACAGUGGGGAUUUCGUACUCUUUUAGGUGUUUUGGAAAAUAUUUAGCAGCCCGUGUCAAGAGAAAGGCUCCUAGAUCACAUUGAAUAAUAUCAGUCAAAGGGUAACAGGGACCCCAGAGCAGCGUCUUCGAGUAACACCUUGUACAUAAAGAAUAUUUAAGAACAGCAAGCUCAGUAGCCCGAAAGCAAGUUACACACUGUAUUUGCAAAAUGUAUUGGAAAUUUUUGCUAGAAGAUAAGACCUUAUCUGGGUAACCAGUAAUUUUACGUAGGUGAAGGUUGGAGAAGUCUGACUGACGGGUUUCUCGCCUUCCUGGGACUUAACGAUUUGUUUUUCUCAGCUGAUAAGGAGGGAAACGACUAGUUACCGAUAAUUUAUCUUCUUUGGAAUGGAACGAAAUUAGACUGGUCCGUUCUCGAAGUUCAUCUGACGAUUUCUUCUAGCAAAAGUGAAUACACCCCUUUGGAUACCAAGAACGAUGAUGGCCCCAGUAAAGGUCAGGUCAGAACUGCACCGUUACAUGGUGGCAUUGUAAGAAGCCAAAGAUUACGGUGCUUCACAUUUUCAAACAUUUAGAGGAUGCAUCCCGGUGGUUUCAGCGAAAGAUACGUUAUCUUUUUUAAAAACCGGGUACAAACGAAGGGGUCGCGAAAUCGUGCAGUUUUCCGAGAUUAUAGAAAGGAGGUCUUUAGAUUCUGACUGGUUUUGCUAAAAUGUACUAGGUUUAUAAUCAGAUUUACUGUACAUAUUUAAUAAUCGUUUAUUAAAUAUUGAAAGCAGCG